AUGUUCGUUCUUAGUUUCCACUUUGUGCUUAUUUCCGUCGUACUUGCUGUCAUAGUUCUUGCCCAAUCUCCCGGUCAUUCUCCUGCUCAUUCUCCAACAUCAACCGAUUUCGAUUGGAAAGCGUUGUUGAAUGAUGAAGCUAUUCAAUUAGCUGACACAUCCUCUCCAGUCAUUCCGGAAAGACUAUCUAGCGAUGACGCACAACCAAAAAUAGCAUUAGAACCAUACAGAAAAAAGCAAAAGCUAAAGACUGCAGAUAUUAAAGCGUACAAGAAGCAAUGGCAAGAAAAAGAAAAAAAGAGGAUCAAAGCAUUACCACAACAUGAGCAAGAUGCCAUAAAAGAAAUAGACAGAAUAAAAGCAAAACAACUUAGAGCCAGAAGUAUAAAAAAAUUUGGAUUCACAAGCGAGAAAGCUGCACAUCUUUCCAAACUUCGUGAAUUAGUGAGGAAUGGAAAAGCAACAGUUGAACAACGAGAACAGCGCUCACCAUCGCCAUCUGAGAUUGAUUGGAACGGUUUGACAGCAAUUUCGACAAGCCCAAUACGUAUAGAAGAUUAUUUGUCACCUUUAGGAUCGUCGGAAGUUUCACCAGCUGGUAGCACAAAUCAUCGCGAAUCUCCAACGGGCAUGAGUAAUUCCCGAUCGUCUUCUCUUACUGAAGAUGCGUUUAGACCAAAAAAAGCGGCGUUCGACAGGAAAGAAUUUCGUAAACUUCGAUAUCAAAACGAUAAAGCAAGACUGGAUACCCUUCCACCGGAAGAACAAAGAAAAAAAACGGCACAUUUACACCAACUUCGUCAAUUGGUCAACAAUGGUCAAGCAACGGAUGAACAAAAAGAACAUCUGAAAAACGAAAAAGCAAUAGCCAAUGAAAAGAAACGAAAGUGGAGAGCGCAAGCUCGCAAAAAUAGGGUUCAAAGACCGUCUUAA